AUGAUUGAAUUGUUGCCAUCAGAAAUGGCAUAUCGAGAUUUCUUACAUCUGAAAGGAGUUCCAUCGGCUGAAUUGAGGGUUACUAUAGAGAGUAUGCAGCUUCAUAGGCUUGUGAAUCUUGGCUAUUACCUGAAAAAGUAUCCUCUCAAAAAGGAGAAAUUACAGAUGCUACAAUCCCUCUUGUUUGAUAGAUUAGCUAAGUUGGGAGUUGGAAGGCUUGAUGGUUGGAAUUGGAAUCGAUCACAAAAAAUCCCUGCAUUGAAAAAGCCCUCGAAAUUUGGCAUACUGCCAAAAUUUUUUGUAGAUGUCAGACUCGCCGAUGAGGCCGACAGUUAUCUUUGGCCCGAUUAUCCUGAAGAGGAGAGAAAAAAUGAGAGAUUAGCGGCGGAAGCGGUGAAAGAAGGAGCAAGGGCCGCACUAGAAUUACAGAAAAGAGAAGCGGCAAAGGCAAAGGAUUGCAUAAAUCCUUCUUUAUCGACAAUCUUUGCUUCUUCUUCAUCAAAGCCACAGGUGCCGAAUGUCUUAACGAAAGAGCUACCGAAAGAGUUACCGAAGUUCUUUCCAAGCAUUGGAAAUUUGUUAAAAAUGGCGCGUGGUCAAGGAGUCUUCUAUUACAUUUCAUCCGACACCAAAGGAGCUCAGUCACGUGAGUUAUUAAGUUUGGAGGAUGUGGAGUAGCA